AUGAAACCCGUGAGUGCUUCUUCUUCUUCUCCUCCUCCUUUUUCUUCCGAAUCGGAGAUCCAUCUUCUCCCACGGCGCAUCCCCGGAUCUUCCGGUUCUGAUUCUACGGCAACUUCCGCCACCGCCGCCGGGACAGUGGAUAGGAACCUCUCCGUUUCCGGCGACAGCAGCGACAGCGGGAGGGGAACGACGGCCUCCGUGGCGGCCGAGAUGGUCGGAAGAAUCUUAUUCUACCUUGUGGCCUGCGUCUUCACAAUAGGUCUGGUUUUCCUCUUCUAUCUCGUGCUUCGAUGAGAUCGACACCGUUCUAGCCUGCUUCGAUCUGUUCUUCAUCUUUCGGUUGUUCUUCUUGCAGCGGGCUUCUUCGUCGGGGCCGUCACCGGUGCCCUAAUAGGGCUAGCAACCGAGAGCGGAUUGUUCCGCGGGGCCGGGAUUGGAGCCAUUUCCGGAGUCAUCUUCUCCAUUGACACCAUGGAGUCGUCUCUCGUCGUCCGGCGUUCAACUGGAUCUGGAAUCCGGAGCUUUCUGUACGUGGUAUAGGUCACUGCCCCCGGCUCGCCUGUAGAGUAUCCAUAUUAGACUGAGCGGAGAGAGGUAGUUCUCGGUGUAGGAUUUCAGCAUUUGCAGGCUCUCCGAGGGAGACAACUUGUCGAUCUAAGACUCUGAGGAACCCCCAAAUUUCCUCACAGGUCGACAUCAUCGCGAUGCUCCUGAGCGGAAGGCUCGUCAGGGAGAAGGUCGGUCCCGCUGUGCAGAACGCCGUACAGAGCCAGGUAGAUCCCGCUCUCCCCCGCCUUCUGCAUCAGACACUCCUCGAUUCGCCAUGAAUUCCCAACCGACGGCCGAUAUUCCUCCCGCAGAUGAACGCCGCCGACGAGACCUUCCGCGAAUUCCGCGACAUCUUCGAGAUCGGCGCCGGCGACGGUGGCAUGUCCGCGGCCUCCGUCCGCAAGAUCCCUAAGCUACUCAUCACAGCAGAGAACAACACAGACGCAUCAGGAGAGAUCGUCCGCUGCUCGGUGUGCUUGCAGGUGAGCACCACCGCCCUCUCUCGGGACCUCCCCACCGGAUUCUUCCUCCGGCCGUUGACGGUCGGUCCUUCCCAUCCAGGAUCUUCUACCAGGGGAGACUGCGCGCAUCUUGCCGCAGUGCCGCCACACCUUCCACCGCCCCUGCAUCGACCGCUGGUUGAUCUGCCAGGGCUCUUGCCCUGUGUGCCGCCGUGAUUUCUAG